UGAUAUGUAUUCGUAUUAGGCUAAACAUUAAAAGCUAAAUUCUAAUUCUUUUACUUCUAGGCUUCGUAGCCUACUGCAUGCUCGUGUUCUUGACGUCGUGAACCCACGCACAGGCAACACGAUUCAUGUCUUCUGUUUUAUUGGGGCUAGUUACUGUUUAACAUCUCCACCCAACUUUCAGUUUGUUUAGUAAAUCGAUCUAAUGAGAGGCUCCCCCAACACUACCAAAAGUAUUAUCCAAUGACAUGUUAAACACUUCAUGUACUCGAAUUUGCCAACAGCGAAACAUCAUAUUUAUAAGCAUAAAAGUUUGACCCAUGUUCGUUUGGGUUUUGGUGGAUUAAUGCAAAUCGUUGUUGGACGUGGAGAAGAAAACAUGCCGACAGAGCCCAGCAUCAGUCAAGGAGAAAAUGGCGUGAGCUCCAACUGCGCAAUCUGUGGCGACAAAGCCACAGGUAAACAUUAUGGCGCGUCUAGCUGUGAUGGCUGCAAAGGCUUCUUCCGCCGGAGCAUCAGGAAGAGCCAUGUCUACUCCUGCAGGUUUAAUCGUCAAUGUGUUGUUGAUAAAGACAAACGGAACCAGUGCCGUUUCUGCAGACUUCACAAAUGCUUUCGAGCUGGAAUGAAGAAAGAAGCUGUGCAGAAUGAGCGGGACCGUAUCAGCUCUAGGAGGAACAUGCAAGACUCGCAUGAUCUGCCACCAAUCACAGCCCUCGCUCAUGCAGAAGCUCUCUCGCAGCAGCAGAUCAAUGCUGCCAGCCCAAUGGGCCCUGCUGAUGUUUCAGAGAAAAAAUCAGCCACUAUCAGUGACGUCUGCGAAUCUAUGAAGCAACAGCUGCUUGUUCUGGUAGAGUGGGCUAAAUACAUCCCAGCCUUCGGCGAAUUGCCACUUGAUGACCAGGUUAGUUUAUUACGCGCUCAUGCUGGCGAGCACCUUCUGCUGGGUGUGGCUAAAAGGUCAAUGCCAUACAAAGACCUCUUGCUUCUAGGUAAUGGCUGUGUUGUCCAUCGAAACUGCCCUGAGCCGGAAAUAGGUCGCGUAUCUAACCGAGUCUUGGAUGAACUGAUAUUACCCUUCCAGGACAUCCAAAUUGAUGACAAUGAAUAUGCAGCUCUAAAGGCCAUUGUGUUCUUUGAUCCAGAUGCCAAAAGCUUAAGAGACCCCUCUAAGAUCAAGGCGAUGCGCUAUCAGGUUCAAAUGAGUCUGGAAGACUACAUUAAUGACCGGCAGUAUGACUCGCGUGGGCGAUUCGGGGAGCUUUUGCUGCUGCUUCCUACUCUGCAAAGCAUCACCUGGCAGAUGAUUGAGCAGCUACAGUUUAUCAAGCUUUUUGGUCUUGCCAAGAUAGAUAACCUGCUGCAGGAGAUGCUUCUUGGGGGUUUAACCACAGAACAACCUCACUUAUAUCACAAUGGUCACCCUCAGGUUCCAUUAACAGGACAGACUAUAGUCAUUAGCUCCAUAGCAGGACCUGCACACUCACAGAUGGCAUCCCCAGAUACCCCUAUUCCAUCUCCCACUUCAGUACAGAACCAGGAGGCCUACAAGCCCCCCGACAGCCCGGCUCUCCUGCUAACGCCACAGCCCAUGCCAAACAGACUCUCUCCUGAGCCUCCUCUAUGAGCCUCCUCUCUAGCGCAGGCCCUGUGUGUUUGUAUAUGUGUAAAUUGUGUGAGUUACACCCUUCCCCUCCUCCAGUGCAACAUGUUUAACUGAUCCAAAGAGAACUUUACAAACACAUCCCAAAUGUAUUGUCAAAGUGGACCACCACAAAUUGAAAUAAUUAUAUUUGAAAGAUUUAUUGCUGGCAGACCUGGUUUCUCCUUAUCAGCCUACCACUGGAAAACUAGUCAAUGUAGACAAUAUUCGUUUAUUAAUAACAAAUUAUUGUCAGUUACAAGAUACUUUUUUUGUACUAUUAAAAAGUCAAGAUUUAAUUUAUUAACAAAAUUAUAUGCAACACUCAAGAAAUGUAAAUUUUUGCUUUAAAAUGUGCCCUUUAACAAUAAAUAAAUACACUUUG